CGUGGCCGCCACGAGCCAUUGCCAACCUUUGCCCAUUCUUGCGAUGACCCUCGGGAAGAGCGAGCUCGCCGUCGCGACGUUCGGCGUCGGCCUCGGUGUCGGCGUCCUCCUCCACAAGCUCGCGUCGGGCCCGCCGACGACCAAGCCCGUCCAAGGCACGAGCGAGGUCCUGCGCCUCAUUCGCCCCAAUGUCCUGCGCCUCACGCCGUACCGCUGCGCCCGCGACGACUACGACCAGGGCAUUCUCCUUGACGCCAACGAGAACAGCCUCGGCCCGCCUUUGGCCGCCGAGCAUGAGCUCGCCGGCGCGGGCCUCGAGCGCUACCCGUGCCCGUACCAGCGGGAGCUCAAGACGACGAUCGCGCAUUUCCGGAACGGUGCGCACGGCACGCUAACGCCCGCCAACCUCUUUCUCGGCGUCGGCAGCGACGAGGUCAUCGACCUCAUGAUCCGCAUCGCGUGCUCGCCGCGCGAAGACGCCAUCUUGAUCACGCCGCCGACGUACGGCAUGUACAGCGUUUGCGCCAACAUCCACGACGUCGACAUCAUCUCGGUGCCGCUUGUGCGCACCGCGACGACGCCGCUGCCGUCGUUCCACAUUGAUCCGAGCGCGAUCCUGCGCGCCGUGACGCCCCAGACCAAAAUCAUCUUUCUCUGCAGCCCGGGCAACCCGACCGCCAACUGCCUCCGCCUCGCCGACAUCAAGGCCGUGCUGGAAGCCAAGAGCUACAAGGGCUUUGUGUUUGUGGACGAGGCGUACGUCGACUUUGCCGAGCAGCCGAGCCUGAGCACGCUCGUGACGUCGUACCCGCGGCUCGUCGUGGCGCAGACGCUCUCCAAGGGCUUUGGCCUCGCGGGCAUCCGCCUCGGCAUCGCGUUUGGCGAUCCCGAGCUCAUCCAGAUCCUCAACAACGUCAAAGCGCCCUACAACAUCAACAAGCUCACGGCCAAGGUGGCGGCCGAUGCGCUCGCCAACGUCGGUCUCUUGCACGACAAGGUCCAGUUGAUUCUGGAAGAGAAGGCCAAGGUCAUUGCGGCGCUCCAAGCGCUGCCGUUCGUGCACCAAGUGUACGCGUCGGACGCCAAUUUUGUCUUGUUCCAGUGCGACAAUGCAUUUGCAGUCUACAAGGAAAUGGCCGAAGCCGGCGUCGUGAUCCGGUACCGCGGCAACCAGCUCCUCCUCGAUAGCUGUCUCCGCGCGACGAUCGGGUCGCCGUCCGAGAACGACCGCAUGCUCGAGCUCUUUGCCUCAGUCUCGCGCCGGCUAGCCUAA